UAAGCACACAAAGAUUGACUCGAAAUUAUCAAUUUCAGCUUCUCCCAAUUAGGCAAUUUGGGGUUUUGUCGGCCUCAGAUGAUCGCAAACAGGAGAAAAAUGUCCGGCCAUUUUCCUGAAGACGUCUUGAUCAGCAUCCUAUCAAGGCUCCCCGUCGCCACCGUUCUCCGGUGCACCGCCGUCUGCAAAUCUUGGUACGCUCUAAUCUCCAGUCCCCUAUUCAUCUCCGCGCAUUUCCAAUUCAAUUCCGCCAAAACCCAUCUUUUACUUAGAUACUGCGAUGGAGAGCGAGUGGUGGACAAGAAGGAGAAUUAUGAACUGUAUUUUGAUGAUAACGACACAUUUGAAGUGUACAGAAAGUUUGAGUUUCCUUUCAUUGGUGUAAACGAUUAUUUCCGCAUUGUGGGUUCUUGUAACGGGUUAGUGUGUUUGACGGAUGAUAUGGGUGAGUAUAACCUCACCACUAUUCUCUGGAACCCGUCGAUUAGAAAAUCGGUUGUUCUUCCCGAACCUAGGGUUACAUUCACUUCGCAUGGGGCUUGUAGCCAUACCCACGGGUUCGGGUUUGACCCGUUGAGUAAUGAAUACAAGGUUGUUAGGAUUGUUAAUAUCUGGCUCAAUGAUGGGCCGCCCCAGGUUGAGCUCUUUGAGUUGGGGAAAGGAAGGUGGAGAGAUAUUAGUCAGGCGGCGAGUGGGUUUCUCUAUCGUGUGGGGGCCACAGCGCCUGCUGCUUUCGCUAGGGGUAUCUUGCAUUGGGCUGCCAUGGAUGAGAACUUCAGAAAUGUCAUUUUGUCGUUUGAUGUUAGUAAGGAGGUGUUUGGCGAGAUCUCGCUACCGGAGAGUGUGGCGAGUGCGAGUUUGAGGUAUUUUACGGAUUUAAGAGUUGGGAUGUACAAGGAAGAACUUGCUGUUUUUGUGCAUGGUACGUAUAGCAUGAACCCAUAUUGCUGUGUAUGGGUAAUGGAAGAGUAUGGGAAUGUACGGUCUUGGACUCGGUUAUUCUCCAUCAAUCAUCUUCGUCUAGGGUUUCAGUUGCUUGUUGGGUUUAGGCAAAACGGUGAAGCUUUAUUUGUGGAUCGUGAUAAAUGUUUUGCUAUAUUUGAUCCCAAGGCACUGGUAAUUGAGUAUCUUGAUAUCCAUGGCUCAUAUUUGCAUGCUUUUUAUGCAAGCACUUACACGGAGAGCCUAGUUUUUAUGGACAAAGUUGAAUGGUCUGAUACGAAUACUGUGAGAGACCUUCUGCUUAAGCAUAGUAUUGAAGAUGAUGCUGAUCAGUGUACUCAUAGUUGAAACUUCUAAGGGAACCGAGUAGAUUGAUAGAGAAAAAAAGAAGCAUGUGAGUUGAAGAAAGGUAUCUCUUCCAUUCUUUAAAUCUUAAACAGGACUGGCUGGGAUUAGAAUUCACCUCAAUUCAGAAGAAAAAUCUAUGAAGAUUACUUGGCUGAUGAUGAUGACUUUUGGCUCUCAAGCUUUCUUGUCUAGUAGUUGAAUCCCUAGUUUUAGUUUUAUCUCUUAACCGGGUGCUUGUGAAUUCUCUGUUUUUUUGAGUAUAGCCCAGAGGGCUACUUUUCAUCUGGUAAUAUCAUAUUUUGCUUUCAAA